AUGCCGAAUCCCACUUCUGAAAUUAUUUUACACAAGUUAUGGGAAAAACUAGCUGAAAAGAAACUUGAUGUUUUAGAAGUAACCCAAUCUGAAGAAGGACAACUCCAAAAAUUAAAUAUUGUACUUAAUGCAGUUAACCAUACAUUAGGCUUUCACCAAAAAAUACCCAAAUGGUCUGUUGAAAGUAUACAUUCUAAAAAUAUGGUAGCCAUACUUCAUCUUCUCGUAGCAUUAGUGAGACAUUUUCGUGCUCCUGUUCGUUUACCAGAAAAUGUGUUUGUUACCGUUGUUAUUGCACAAAAAAAUGGAGGACUUCUUAAUGCGCAAAAAUAUCAAGAGCAAAUAACAUCGGAAUAUGAUGAAGUUGGAAUGCGCUGUGAAAAGGACGCCUUUGAUACACUUUUUGAUUGUGCUCCAGAGAAAUUAGCUGUAGUUAAAAAAUCUUUAAUAACAUUUGUUAACAAACAUUUGUCAAAAUUGAAUUUUGAAAUAACUGAUUUAAGUAGUGACUUUAGGGAUGGAGUUUACCUUUGUUUAUUAAUGGGUUUACUUGGCGGUUUUUUUGUUCCACUCCAUGAAUUUCAUCUAACACCACAAGAUGUCGAUCACAUGACAAGCAACGUUGCAUUUGCUUUUGAUUUAAUGCAAGAUGUUGGCUUACCAAAGCCAAAAGCCAGACCUGAAGAUAUCGUAAAUAUGGAUUUGAAAUCGACGUUAAGGGUACUUUAUAGUCUUUUUACUACUUUUAGAAGUUGCGCUUAAAAAAUGUUGAGCGAUGCGAUUUUUAUAAUUAACUGAAUAGUACUUUAACUAAUGCUUUAUAAUUAUAUAAAUGAACCUCCAGGAAGGGACAUAUUGAGUUAUACUAACAUAACUAAUAAUAACUAA